GUUUAGUUCGCGUUUAGAUUACAACGCCACCACCCGAUGACAAAGUGUUCGGUUAAAAGCUGUGCAAAUGACAGCAGAUCCUCACUUAAAAAGGAUGGAGUGUCAUAUUUCAAUUUUCCGCGGGACCCUAUAAGAUUUGCUGAAUGGGCAGCAAUUAUAGCAAAAGGGCGAGGUGAUAAAAAUUACAAGCCAAGUAAAAGGACCGUUGUGUGUUCGGAUCAUUUUUCUCAUUUAGACAUAUAUACAACCGAUAAAGGUUACAAACGUCUAAUCAGAUGUGCAAAACCAACUUUGAGUCUGAUGGAAAAUAAUGGAAGUAAUGAUAAUAACAUAUGCCAAAAACUAGUCAAAUUAGAGGAAGAAAGCAACGAAUUAUCUUACUUGGUAGAAAAUAAUGAAAGUAAUUAUCAUAACAUCUGCCAGAAACCAGUGAAAAUAGAGGAAGAAAGCAACGAAUCAUCUUAUUUGGUGGAAAAUAAUGAAAGUAAUCAUCAUAACAUCUGCCAGAAACCAGUGAAAAUAGAGGAAGAAAGCAACGAAUCAUCUUAUCUGAUUGAAAAUAAUGAAAGUAAUCAUCAUAACAUCUGCCAGAAACCAGUGAAAGUAGAGGAAGAAAGCAAAGAAUCAUCUUAUUACUUACAGCUAAUACGAAAUAAUGGAAGUAAUGAUCAUAGCAUGUGCCAGAAAUCAGUAAAAAUAGAGGAAGAAAGCAUCGAAUCAUCUUAUCUAAUAGAAAAUAAUAGAAGUAAAGAUCAUAACAUAUGCCAGAAUUCAGUCAAAAUAGAGGAAGAAAGCAACGAAUCGUCUUAUGUUGUGACAUAUAAUGCUCAAGAUAUUUUUUCGUAUAGUGAAUCAAGUACACAACAGGCACAUGAUUACGAUAACUCAGAAGAAAUGCAACAAACUCCUUCAAGUUCCUUGAGUAUUGGAUCCAUUUUAGACACUCCUAUGGAAGUUGUUUUGAAGAAAAAACUUAACAAGUAUGAAGAAAUGAUUAAAAACAAAAACAGACAAAUUGACAGACUGCAAAAGCAGAUUAAAAGACUCGCUAAGAAAAACAUAGAUUUGAAGAAGGCUGUCUACGUUUAUAAAAAAAGGAAAGAAAAAGACCUUUUUAAAGUAGGUGUCUUACAUUAACUCCCCUGCUGCCUACAACGUUUGUCUACAAUGUUUGUCUUAUUCAAACACAUUUUGCAACUGGCACAGACAUUGAAAUGUACAACAUAGUUGUAUAGCAGAAUCUUUCGAUAGACUUAUUGACAUUAAGCCAAUAAACCAGAUAAGUAAAUAAGUUGUGUUCUAGUUUCUGAUGAAAUAUCAAUAAGUUAACAAAAAUAUAUUGUGUAAAACGAUAUGAAGGCCUUGUAACCAUGAAUGCAAAGUUAUGACCAGCCAUGUAGGUAUAUGUUAUUAUGUUAAUACUAUUAAAGAAUCCUUCAAAAUUCCAUUGGCCUAUUUUUUCAUAACUUGUUUAUCUUUUUUUUGAUCAACAUUAUUGCUAAGACUGUCCAAACGGCAGGCCCAGAGUAUAUCUUAAAUAACUUACUAAAAAGAUACAUAAUCAUAAUUCAUCAACAUUAUACUUCAAAGUUAAAUUAUUACUAAAAUAUGCUUGCUAUGCCGUACUAAAUGUACGGGAUAUUAUUUGUAAAUGUUUCAGCAUUUUAGCAAGUGUUAUUCAACAUUUACCACAAAGUCUAAUUAGAAUUAUUUGAAUUAAAACAGUAGUUUAUUAUAACUUAAUGAUUAGAUUUCCAGAAAAAAAAACGCAAAGUAAACAGGAACUGUAUAAUAAGUAAAAGUUAUUUCAAGGCCAACCGAAUAUUAAAAUAAUAAAUGUUAAAACGAAAUAUUUAAUCAAUUGUUUAUUUUUCAAAUGGCUACUUACUCCACUGCCGUCUUUAGCCGGUUUGCAGCGCGUGACGUAGUGCCGUCGCUGACUCCAACGAUCGCAUACAAUUGACAUUGAACAUUACUGCCCGGACAUAAUGUUUAUAUUUGAACAAGUAUGCCAAUGUUAUCUGUUUACAUUGUAUUAUACAAUGCCGACUGUUCGGACAUUUUUUUUAGGUGAUUGGGAGUUGUUGUCAAGAAUUUAUGUGUAUACCUGUUCUGUUACUGUUGUAUGUAUAUGGUAGGUAUAGUACGUUUUUUUUGUAUUUAGUUAUUCUAACUCUAAAUUCCGCACAAAAGUUGUUCCGUAAAGCAAAAAUAUCUUGUCUGUUUAGAUCAAUGAGAUUUUUAAUAUGUUUGAUAAUGUGACAUUUGAUGUCAAAUUGAACACGGUUCAUGUUGAAUGCUGUACCUAAUAAUAAGGUAGUGAAUCUAUACCUAAAUGCAAAAGUUAAAUAACAGACAGACACUGUCUGUUACCUCUUCACGCUUAAUCCGCUGAACCGAUUUCGAUGAAAUUAUGUAGAUAGUUUGUGUCCCUGGAAAGAACAUAGGAUAAUUUUUAUCCCGGAAAUCUUCCUUUAAAAGGGUGGAAAGGGGACUAGAAUUUUGUAUAAGAAACAAUUUUUCCACAUAGAAGAAGUGGCGAGCACCCACUAUUUCAAAAUAUAUUAAAGGUCAAAUCAUGAAUUUUUAUUAUUAUUACUAAUAUAUCUUCACAAACCCUGUUGUAAACUAAAUAAAAUAAAUAUCUGUUAUGGUAUGUAAAUGUGUUUAAUU